GCGGGGGUCGCCGCCGCGCGGACUGGGAACCAGCGUGAGCGCCGCGGUAGCCGGCAGCAUGGCUAGCACGGCCUUGGAAAUCAUCGCCUUCGUGGUCUCCAUCUCGGGCUGGGUGCUGGUGUCUUCCACACUGCCCACCGACUACUGGAAGGUCUCCACCAUCGACGGCACUGUCAUCACCACCGCCACUUAUUUUGCCAACCUGUGGAAGAUGUGCGUUACCGAUUCCACCGGUGUCGCCAACUGCAAGGACUUCCCCUCCAUGCUGGCGCUGGAUGGUUACAUCCAGGCAUGUAGAGGACUAAUGAUCGCUGCCGUCAGCCUGGGCUUUUUCGGUUCCAUUUUUGCACUCUUUGGAAUGAAGUGUACCAAAGUUGGAGGCUCAGACAAAGCCAAAGCCAAAAUUGCUUGCUUGGCUGGGAUUGUAUUCAUAUUGUCAGGUCUGUGUUCCAUGACAGGCUGUUCCCUGUAUGCAAACAAAAUCACAACAGAAUUCUUUGAUCCUCUCUUUAUGGAGCAAAAGUAUGAAUUAGGGGCUGCUCUCUUCAUCGGAUGGGCAGGAGCUUCUCUCUGCAUCAUUGGGGGCGUCAUAUUUUGCUUUUCAAUAUCCGACAACAACAAAACACCCAGAAUGGGCUACACAUACAACGGACCCACGUCGGUCAUGUCUUCUCGGACCAAGUAUCAAGGCGGAGAAGGAGACUUUAAAACCACGGGCCCGUCAAAACAGUUUGAUAAAAAUGCCUAUGUCUAAAGACAUGGCAAGCUGCGUCUCGAGUUCGUUGUGAAAGAGAACUGUUCUCACAAGGGUCCUUCCAAGGCUCUCCUGUAAUUACUGCUUGAGCUGUUUUUUAAAAUAUAAAUUUGAAGACUGUUGAUUGGAUGUAAAUGUUCUUAUAGUAUACACUAAUCAUUCUCUGUUGUGCCUUUCUAUAAGGGAAAUAAACAGGUUAUUUACAGGAUUUGUAUAUUUUAUAUGCAUAGAAGACAUAGAUACCCUUGGUUCAUAAGGCUCAGGAAAUGAUUGCCACUUUGAUCCUUAGUGCACUGAGAACUUCCCUCAUUCCAUCUGUAUAUUAAACAGAAGUGUUUGGACAACGGUGUCCUGUGAACGGGACAAGGGAUGGUCUGAGACUAUUCUUCAUCCAGAAUCCAAGUCAAACAGUUGCAGAAUUAUCUGCCAUGUAGUUGACUUCCAGUUUCUUAGUUCUGACUGUCAGGACUGUCAUUCAUCAAAGGGCUAGUGAGGCCAAGGUGCCUUUGCCCUGUAUGUGGCCCAUAAACCACACAGGCUUGUCUGACUGAGAGCACAUUACCACUGGCUGAGCGGGGUACUGGCGCGGCUGAAUCCAAAGCCAGCUAAGGAAGCUCUGGGGCCUGUGUGGGCCUGCCUCUCUCAUUUCCUGUGUCCCACGGGUCUGUACCCAGCAAUCACUAGGUCACUGAGACACUGGCCAUUUUUCAAGACAUGGAACUUGAUCAGGUGGUUUUGGAACAAAGAUGCAGGUGAAUUCCUGAGGCCAGCCCUGCAUGUCACUUAGCCACAAAGGCAGCAAUUGUUCCCACUAGCACACAGCGUAUAGGUCAGGGCACAUGUGCCCUUACAACCCCCUAUAACGGUGGGUGCUUUCAUUUUCCCGUGUGUGCAGUGAAGAAACGUAGAGUCGAGUCGAAUGAGUGACCCUGUAGUGACAGAGCCAGGACGUGAGCUCGUCUAGGGUAAAGUACAUGGUUUCAAGUUGUAAGAAUUGGUACUUCUGUCAUAUGCUAUAAAUCGCCCAGAAUGAGUCACAUGAUUGAUUACAUGACUUUUCCAGAGGGUAAAAGACUGAAAGGGAAAAAAAAAAAUUGUUUGCAGGUACUCAAUGGAAAGAAAAGGAAACUUUUUUUU